GCUUCCCUUGGAUACAUUGUAAUACUCAGGAUACUAAUUUAGAAAAUCCUGAUAUUGUACCCCUCCAAAGCUUUAAGAGCAUUUCAUUACAUAUGCAGAUUUAUGUGGAAACUCAGUGUUCAGAUUAAAUAAAAUACAAAUUUCAUUGAAGUAAACAUGAAGAGAAAAGGCCAUUUAGCUGUUUUUGAGAAUAUAUUGGAAGAAAACACAUCAAACCAAGAAGAUGAUUACAUAAAUGAAGAUGAAUAUGAGGUUAAGCCUAAAAUUCAGAAAAGAUUUCAUAGAUUGUCUGAUGAACCCAUCACGUUUUUGUGCCGUUUCAAGGAGUGCUUUGAGGAAUUCAAUGAAUAUUAUGAUUUCGAUAAACACUUGACAGCUCACAUUAAGAAGGAGGAUUUCGAAGGAAAAUCUACUCAUACAUUCUGCAGAUAUGGUGAUUGUGAUUUGAGGUAUAUUAGCUACUUACACGCAAUUCAACAUAUGUCCAUCCAUGCAUAUCACGACAGACUCUGUAAUCUCGGAGAACUUGCAGCUCGAAGAAAUUCCUUACCUGAUUGUAACUUGGAAAACACUUUCACAUGUUCAGAAGUUGAAGAUGUUUAUAAAUGCGAGUGGGACGAUUGUAAUCUCCAGUUAGAUACUAUUUGCAAUUUUUUGGCUCACGUGAAAAUGCACGUCAAUGCGAAUCCAAGGAAGGACUUUAAGAACAAAAUCAAAUGUGAAUGGAAAGGUUGUGGAAAUAAGUAUAACCUGCUCUACCAGUUAUCAAAGCAUAUGCCAGUACAUACCAAGGAUAAAUACAUAGCAUGCUUCACAUGUGGCAAUACAUUUGCUUCAUUGGUUAGAUUUUCAGACCAUAGGAGCAAGCAGAUACCAAUAGAAAAACAAUAUUAUAAAUGUUCCCAGUGUUUGAAACUUUUCGCUACCGAAAGUUUGCUAAGAGACCAUGUUCGAGCUCAUAUAAAUCAAUAUAAGUGUCCAAUGUGCGACAUGACUUGCCCUAAACCUUCUAAUGUGAUCAAUCAUAUAAGAUUCAGGCACCUGGAUUUCCGAUUUUUCAAAUGUAAUUUGUGUGAGCAUUCGGCGAUAUCAAAACAAAAUCUGGAACAACAUCUCAUUACACAUUGUGCUGAAAAGCUUUUGGCAUGUGAUGAAUGCGAUUUUCGAUGUCGAUCAAUUCACACUUUAGAUCGUCAUAUCCAAAGGGAGCAUGUUCAGCACUGGCAAAUUUAUGAAUGUCAUAUAUGUAAAGAGCAAUUUGGAAGAAGUUGGCCCUUGACGAAACAUUUGAUGGCAUCUCACAGUGUGCAACGUCCUUCGGGACAUUCCAGAUUCAGGUAUAAAAGAGACCCUGAUGGAAUAGCCAGAUUGCAAACAAUAAGAUACGAAACGGUGAACGUCAUCAAAGAGAUUAUAGAAAAUAAGUCAAAAGAUAAAACAGUUCCUGAAAGGAAAAAGCUGAGGUGCAGUUUCAAGAGAAAUAUAGAUUGUGAUAAUGGUGAUGCGUUAAUAAAAGUCGAAGUUGAGGAGAUUACCAAAUCAGAAAAAGAUAUUAAAAAAAGAAAUAAAUCAUCUAAUGAUAUUUUAAUGACCAUAAGUGAUAUAGAUAAAGAUGGAAAUGUUCUAGCUGAAGUUACAGAAACACAGAAACUUCUCAUUCCAAAGCAAGAGAUCGGAGAGGAUAUGAUGGAACUUUGAAGGUAGUCAGAUAAAAUUUUUGUGCUUGUCAUGAUUUUUGUUAUCAGUGAUUUAUCACGAUGUUAUAUAAUUAAUUUCCGUAGAAUUAUCUUUUGUUUUAAAUCAUCUGAGCAAUAAUUAGAUUGUUUUGUUUUAUAUUUAUUGCUUUUUAUGAAGCUACAAUUUGGCGUUUUGAAAUAAUUUAAUGUUUUCGUCUUGGUUUCCAAUUUUAAGUCUUCUUGUUAAUAUCAAUAUUUCCACAACUUCAAAGAAUAUUUUUUUCGGAAGAAAUUCAUGGUCAAUUCUGGGGUUUUCAAAGAAAUUAAUGUAGGACAAAUCAACUAUAAACAAAUUAUGAUCAAUUAUAUUCGGAAUCUUGACUAGAUCUUAGAAGCGAAUUUUAAGAAGAAACCUCUGAGUCAUUCUUUCACAUUUUAAAUACUUUUAAGUAUUCGCUUUGUUGAAUGUAGAUGAUUUUUCGAAAUCCAUCAAUGUCCUGCUAUCGGAUUUUUCCGAAUCUUUUAAUUGGAUAUCAGAAAAAUAUUAGUGAAUUCCGUGGAAAAAUUGAUGUGUUAUCUAGAAAUAACAAAAAUUUAAGAUUCAUGAAUUAUGUAUAUUUCAGUAUCACAAUUAUGCCUUAAAUAAAUAAAUAAUUACUUCUUAAUAAGCUA